GAUGGAGGGGCGAUGGCCACGCCCUGCGCAGGCGCGUUGGGAUCACGCGCAGAGCGCGCACGCGCAUCGCCCUUGGCCUGGUGCAUGGUGGUCCAGGUGGCUGGCACUUGAGGAUGGUGAAUAAUUACGUCACCUACGCAGACGAUUUAGCUUCGUAAUGAUCGCGAAAUUGCCGUUUGGAGGGAAUACCUUGUCAUCGACCAAGUGUUUCCUCAAUGAUAAAGUCAAAAUCAUGAAAUCUUGCUGACCCAAACCUCCCCCCACAGCUUUUCGUUGUUCUCAUCCAGACCUCCACCCCUGACCCCGCUGAUUUCUUCCUAUCAGCCCCCUUUUUCCUUUCUUGUCCUACUCCGUUGAAAUUCCAAGUACUGUAACUUCUCCCAGUGCUCCCUUCCAUUGCCCAUUGUGCUUCUGUGGCACUAUUGUGCUUCUGUGGCACUAUUGUGCAGGUGAGUGCUGUACUGAAUUUAUGUUCUCCAGUUUAAUUGAAGUCUUCGUAACCGGUCGUUGGUUCUCUCUUAUUUUCUCUUCUCUAGUUAUUUUAAAACUUCUGUAGUGUCAACCUCUGACACCAGUUCCCUCAUUGUUAUCAUUUGACGUUGCAUCCUACUUCGAAAAGAUGUUACCUAAUGAGGGUCCCUGCUCUGGAGCAGGGGAGCCAAUAAAACAUACUCCAAGUCAGAAAGAGUGAGAAAGUUUAUUAAGGAGAUGUAUACAUAACUGGGGACCCAGCAGAAACACAGGCUGUCUCUGUGGAAUCCCAAAGAGCAGUUUUACAUUAGAGCUUGUAUAGACUCUUACAAGGGUUACAAGUGUGUUUGUAGUCCCCUGCCAGACAUUUCUUUAUUAGGCUAAAGAUACACAUAUCUGAUACCUGGGCUCCAACUUUCCUGUGGAGGUUGUAUGCCACAGGUAGUCUGGACAGAACAAAAGGUUAUUUGCAUCAGUUUUAAAACAAAGAACAAAGUCAUUAACAUUGUCAAAACAAGGUCAUUAACAGAGGUAUGUGAAGAAGGCAGGCAGAGGAAGAUCAACUUAUAGGUUUAUCAUGGCCUUAGUUAUGUUAAGCUCUGAGCUGCCCAUUUUGAAAAAGGAGAAAACAUGCUGGGUGGUAUUGGGGUCACAAAGAUAAAAGACUGUGUCACCAGACUGAAACAGAAUCUUUGGCUUGCCCAACAGCCACCCUCCUUCUCUUCUCUUCUGUUAAGAGGAAAUCUUUCCGUUUAAAAACAAUCCCUUUAUCUGUGUUCCCGGGACCCAGAUGGCACAGAGAUUAAAAGCUUGGCUGCUAAACAAUGGGUCAUCAGUUGAAUCCCCCAGCAGCUACUUGGAAAUCCAAUUGGACAGUUCUGCUCUAUUUUGUAGGGCUAGUGUAACUUGGAAUCGACUUGACGUAAUGGAUUUAUCUCUUUUUGACAUCUUUUUUUUUUUUUUGCUUUCUCAAGAAUUUUGCCCCAUCAACCAUCGCCACUCUGCCUUGCAUUUUCAACUUUUUCUUUUCUUUUGGCUUUUUCUCCCAAGAAGAUUCAAACAAGCUUACAUCUUUCCUAUUUAAAGCUAACCAAGCAAACGUUUAAUCCCACGUAGCUGUGUGUUGUCCUUCAUGGUUGAACUUAGAAAAGCUGUCAACAUUUCCUGUUUCCAUACCCUCUUCAAUUCGUCACUUCUGACUUUCACCCUCACUGAAACCAAAGAUACUGUCAUCUGUAUCAGUAAAGCCAAUGGUAUUUCUUUCGCUUGAUCUCUUGGCAGUGUCCAUGGCCUCCUUUAGAGACACCAGUUUCUUCUGGUUUUCCUCCUACUUCUAUGGCAUCUCUUCCAUUGCCGGGGUAACCAGUUCCUCCACUAUGUUCCCAUAGUGCCUGAGGGAUUGGAACAUUUAUCAUGUUAUAUUUUAAUUAUUCACAAACUUCAUGAGGGAAAUAACAUCCAUCCAAAUGCGGAAAUUAUCAAAUUAUAUCGUUAAUAUAAGAGGCAAGUAAAAUUUUUCUGAAGAUCAUUCAAAAGCGGCUGGAGCUGUGUAUAAGCAGGGAACUGCCAGAAAUUCAAGCCGGAUUUAGAAAAGGACGUGGAACCAGCAAUAUAACUGAUGUCAGAUGGAUGCUGACUGAAAGCAGAGAAUCACCUGUGUCUUACUGACUAUGCAAAGGCAUUCGUCUGUGUGGAUCAUAACAAAUUACGGAUAACAUUGCAAAGAAUGAGAAUUCCAGGACACUUAAUUGUGCUUGUGAGGAACCUGUACAUAGAUCAAGAGGCGGUUGUUGAACAGAACAGCAGAUACUUAGUGGUUUGAAGUCAGGAAAGCUGUGUAUCAGGGUUCUAUCCUUUCCCCAUAGCUAUUCAAUGUGUAUGCUGAGCAUAUCCAAGAAGCUGAACUGUAUGAAGAAGAAUGGGGCAUCAGGAUUGGAGGAAGACUUAUGAACACCCUGCGAUAUGCAGAUGACACAGCCUUGCUUGCUGAAAGUGAAGAGGACUUGAAGCACUUACUGAUGAAGGUCAAAGACCACAGUCCUCAGUGUGGAUUACACCUCAAUAUACAGAAAACAAAAAAGCUCAAAACUGGACCAAUAAGCAACAUCAUGAUAAACGGAGAAAAAAUUGAAGUUGUCAAGGAUUUCAUUUUACUUGGAUCCAUAGUCAACACCCAGGGAAGCAGCAGUCAAGAAAUCAAAAGACACAUAGCAUCGGGCAAAUCUGCUGUAAAGCUGGUCUUUAAAGUGUUAAAAAGCAAAGUUGUCACCUUGAAGACCAAGGUGGGCCUGACCCAAGCCAUGGUUUUUAGGAUCACCUCAUAUGCAUGCAAAAGCUGGAUGAUGAAUAAGGAAGACCAAAGAGGAACUGGUGGUGCCUUUUAACUGUGGUGUGGCAAAGAAUAUUGAAUACACCAUGGACUGCCAAAAGAAACGAACAAAUCUGUCCUGGAAGAAGUACAACAAAAAUGCUUUGUUACCGUAUUUUUAAGGUAAAAUAAAAUUUAAUAAAAUUAAACCAAUACAUAGAACACAUUUGGAUCUUUUCAGGAAAGACAAUGGAUUGAACACACAUCUUUAGCUUCUUUCCCAAAGUCCUCUAAAGCAAGGAAAGGAGUUUUAUAAAAGGCAUCUUACUAUCAGGAUGGGGAAAAUGGGAAAGAAACCAGCAACAAAAAUUUGAAGUCUGGUAUGCAAAUAGCAGGUGGUAAAGGACAGACCUGAGAACUGAGCAGGCAGAGCUAAUAACCAAAUCAAUUUACAGUGCAGCAUCUUCCCCCUCUCCAGCCCAAGAGCCAUACAGCCAAGCAAUUGCCCCUUAUCUACUCCAAAGCGAAAAACAGAGUCUAUGCUCUGAGGAACACCAGAGUUGAGGUAGGAUAUUACCCAGAAAACAGAUUUACCAAAAUGUGCCUACAAGCUGCUGAAACCCUCACUGAGCUCUUUAAAAUCCUGGCAAUCAGGCCUUUUUUUUCUAGUAGGGUAUAGAUAGGGAGAGGCUUCUCGGGGGAAUCUGACCAGCCUGAGAGGAGAGAUCUAAGGAUCUCCAGUGAAACUGACCCGACCCAGCUUGAUCGUUCUACAGUGAAUUAUACACAUAAUGUUGAAAUCCGGUUAGGCAGUGGGAACUUUAAUUAACAUUUAGUUGCCCACUGCUGUAUUUAAGUAAGUGACCAAGGAUUACCAGGCAUCUGAGGAAAGCCUCUAAAAUUAAAGAGAUAAUCCAGCAAGAACUGAACAGGAAUGGCAAAUUGGAGGAAACAGAGAAAACUAAAACAACACAAAUCAAAACUAUUAUCAUUACUCUGAUAAAAUGUCACAAAUAUGACAGAAAAACAGGGAAAAAAGAAAUCCAGGAAACAAAAAGCUGUUAGAAAUUAAAAAUAUGGUAGUAGAAAUGAAACCUUACAAAAAAUAUUAGAAGCUUAAAUUGAAGAAAUCUCCCAGAUACUAGAACAAAGUACAAAGAGGUGGAAAAUAGGACAGGAAAGACAAGAACAUCAGAGGAUCAGUCUAGGAGUUCCCAAAAGACAGAAUGAAGAAAAUGGAAGGAAGCAAAUCAUUAAUAAAUGAUUCAAGAAAGUUUUCCAAAACUAGAGGAUAUGUUUCUAAACUGAAAGAUCCCACCAAGUGCCAGUAGGAAGAUGAAAACAGACUUACAUCAAGACACAUCAUUAUGAGGUUUCAGAAUGGGGGAGGGGAUAAAGAGAAAAUUUCACAAACGUCUGGGUCAUCAAGAUUCAGGAAUCGUAAUAGCUUCAGACUGCUUAAUAAGAAGAGCAACGUUGGUUAGCAGUGGGCCCUAGUCCAGUGUGCCUGGCAUCCUUGUAAGAGUAGGAAGGACAACUGGAGAGACACAGGGAGAAGGCAGCCACGUGAAGAUAAAGGCAGAUUGGAGUUAUGCUAUCACAAGCCAAGGCAAGCCUGGGGCCGCCACAGGAUAGAAGAGGUAAGGAAGGAUCCUUCCCUAGAGCCUUCAGAGAGACUGUUGGCCCCGUUGACACCUUGUUCUCAGACUUCUGGCCUCCAGAAAGGUGAUAGAAUAAAUUUCUGUUGUUUUAAGUGAUCUGUGGUACUUCGUUAUGUCAGCCACAGGACACUCAUAUAGUAAGUAUAUGUUUAAGGACAUUGGUGGUUUGGUGGUAGAAUUCUCAUCUUCCAUGCAGGAGACCCAUGUUCAAUUCCUGGCCAGUGUACCACAUGGCAAGCCACUACCCAUCUGUUUUUGUGUACUGCUGUGAUGAACAGGUUUUAGCUGAGCUUCCAGACUAAGAUGGACUUGGAAGAAAGCACUGCCAAUCUAUAUUCUCAAAUCAGCUGGUGAAAACCCUGUGGAUGACAAGGGUCUGAGUUGCAGCUGAUUAUAGGAAUGGUGCAGAGCCAGGCAGCAUUUUUUUAUGUCAUGCAUGGGGUCACCAUGACUUGGGGACUGACUCGCCAGCGGCUAACAAUCGGUGCACUGCUUUGGACUUGGAGGCAGAGAGAAGACUGGGGCCUUCAGGCAGUUCUACCAGUGUCACACUGUACCCCGGACAAGCACUUUCCUUUGAAAGGCCUCAGUGUUUCCACUUGUAAAAUGAGAUGAGGAAACCAAGGCACAGAGAGGGGGAGUAACUUAGCUAAAAUCAUGCAGUCAGGAAGGGGAGGAGCUAGGAUUCAAAUCCAAGUUGAAAACCACCGUGGCUCACCUAUUAAUUCAAAUUCUGUCAGUACCCUGCAGCAGCUGGAGCAGGGCCCAGCAGAAUGACGCCCAUCUGCCCCCUGCCUCUGCCCAUGGCCACCCGAUGCCUGUUCGUCCUCGUCGGGGCACUCUUGGCAGCCUCCCAGCCAGGUCUAGCCCAGCCAGAUGCACUGCUGGUCUUCCCAGGCCAGACGGCCCAGCUCUCCUGCACACACAGCACCCUCCACGCUGCCAUCAGGAGCUACGGUGUAUCCUGGUACCAGCAGCGGGCAGGUAGCGCCCCCCGGUACCUCCUUUACUACCGCUCAGAGGAUGAACGGCACCAGCCUGAAGAUGUCCCAGCCCGCUUCUCAGCAACCAGGGAUAUGGCCCACAAUGCCUGCAUCUGACUGACCAUCAGCCCUGUGCAGCCCGAGGAUGACACAGAUUACUACUGCUCUGUGGGCUAUGGCUCCAGCCCCUAGGGAUGGAGCGUGGAGGAGUGCUCUUGUCUGCCUCCCACUCUGCCCGAACCUCCGGCUAGUCUCGAACUUUCUCUGAGCCUUGCUUUCCCUUCUCUGUAAAAUAGGUUAAUAAAAUUCAACCUGUCAAUCAAAAAAAAAAAAAAAGAAGAGCAACAUUGGAAUCUAGGGAGCAAUGAGGUACUAAGUUGGCUAAAUUUAUAGGCAACUAUCAGUCGAAUGUGUGAUUAGAAUAAAGACAAUUUUAGACAUGCUAAGACUCAAAAACAAACAAAGCCUCUCAUGCACCCUUCCUCAGAAAGUUUUGGAGAUGUAAUCCACCAAAAUGAGGGAAUAAGCCAAAAAGGAGGAAAUCAUGAAAUACAGGAAGCACAGUAACUGUCAAACACGGAGAGAGAAGAAGAGAAUCUCAAGAUGACGCUGAAAGAAAGAGCCUAGGAUGACAGCUAUGUAGUAGGCAUACACAGCAUCCAGUCUAGAUCAGAUUUGGUCAGAAAUCUUUGUGUGAUACUGCUUCAGGAAGAUGAAAUUGAUAAAAGUCCAGCUGUAUCUAAGGAAAUGAGAGGAGACUUAAAUAUAAGACUUAGAGUUUGGGAGUUGAAUGAAUGAGAUACGCAGAAAUCUAGGCAAAAUUUAAAAUCAUGCAUCUAUUGACUCUGGGGAAAACAAAACCUUGUGUAAGAACUGUAUUUACAGCUAUGAAAACCCUGAGUAUUGAUCUAACAAAAAAAAAAGUAUGUAAUUGCAUUGGAAAGAUGGGCUUGGGGCAACAGUGUAUGUGUGGUGGGGAUGGGACAGGUGGCUAGAGCUUAAUUCUUAACAUCCAUAGUGGGAAGUCAGUGUCCUAAAAUGGAAAAAUCAAGAAGGAGCAAUAUAAUCCUAGUAUUUAAAGUCAUGGAGGUAAAUAUAAGAAGAGCUAAAUAUAAAUAAGCUAAAAGAGGAGAAGGUGGUUGCAUCUGAAGAGGGAGAGAAGCUUUGUAGGGUUAUUUGUAUAAACAUUGAGGAUUUAUAACGUUAUUAAAAAUAAAAAUUAAAAGCCAUUUUAAGUGAUUUUUAUGAUAGACAUGCAUCUAAAAUCAUUUUUGAAAAAUAUAUUUUCUAUUAAUGACUACAGCUUCAUGUGAUUACAAUUUUUAGUAAUUCCAUUGAGCAAUUUAUAAAAAAUAUUUUUAAAAUGAUUCCACUAAGUUGAAGCCUACAAAAACAUGCUCAGAGCUUAGUUAUAAUUAGUGCACAUGGAGAGCUCACUCACUGCAUAGAAUACCUCUCUGAAUUUCAAAUAGCAUCCUGGGGUGAAACUAAGCAACACAGAAAGUGAGUUUCUUUUGACAAUGAUCAGACGCUGAUACUGAUUUUUAUUCUGUUCUCAGCGUAAGAGUAGAAAUUUGGUUUAGGAUUUUGAUUGUAGUAAAACAACAACAGAUAUUAUCAAAAUACAUCGCUUUCCAUUUUCAGCCAACUUCUGCUGUUUCCUCAGUCAGCCUGGCCUGUCUUAGAUAAGUCUCACCUCUGUUUCUUAACUGUCACUCUUCAAGUCUCUAUUCCCUACCUUCAAAGAUGGUCAGACUAUGUCUCACAUACUUUGGACGUGUUAUCGGCAAGGAUCAGUCUCUGGAGGACAUCAUGCUUGUUAUAGUUGAGGGUCAUUGAAAAAGGGGAAGGCCGUCAACGGGAUGGACUCACACAGUAGCUACAACAACGGGCUCAAGUACGAUUGUGAUGAUAGUGCAGGAGCGGGCAGUGUUUCCUUUUGUUGUAGAUAGGGUCACUAUUAGUCAAAAAGGACUUGCCGGCAGCGAACAGCAACACCACCACCACCCCUACCUUGACCCAUAUGUCAUACACCUCAGAGAAUCCUGUGUCAGCUUCCUGAGUUUAUUCAUAUCAAGAUAUGCCCAGAGCCUGAAGCUGUACCUGUGUUGGGGCCCUCUGCUGCCAACCCCCCACAGAUGAUUUAUGCACUACAUCCACAUGGACUUGAGGCUGACUCUUGGGAUACCAGAAGUUGUUGUAAUGGAAUGAAGUGGGCUUAAAACUAUGAAGAGCUUUGCAAGACCAACUUUGAGGAACAUACUAAAGAAUGGACAAGAGGCUCAUUGCAUCAAUCAGGGUUUAUUGAGAAUGUCCCUUAUUCAAAGCAGUAUUCUGUGUUUGGGAUAUGUUGUUGUUAGUUGCCGCUGAGUCAGUCCCGACUCAUGGCAACCCAAUAUAUUUGAAAAUAGAACUGCUUCAUAGAGUUUUCUUGGCUGUAAUCUUUAUAAAAGCAGUUCACUAAGUUUUUCCGCCAUGGAGACACUGAGUGGGUUUGAACCGGCAACCUUUACAUUAGAAACUGAAGGCAAACUGCUUGUGCCACCCAGGUGUGAGUGAUCAGAAUGAUAAAAAAAUAAGUUUUGCCCUCCUCCCCAUGAGGAGAGUGUUUCAGCAUGGUGUGUUGGAGCAGGGACACAGUAAGGAGGGGUGCAGGUGUGUGUGGGUGGCAGCCCAAUGACAGGUAUCAGAGCCUGAGUGGGGUGAAGAAGACAGCUAUUCUCUCAGCAUAAUAUGAGGCGAGUGGGGGCUCAGCGAAGUGGAGGACUGGGGGGAGGAUACUGGGACUUUGGAGAGAGAGGAGAAGAAGUAAAAUAGCAAUACUUAUUUUAGAGUGGGGACACCACAGGAAGGACUGCAGAGAAAUAACUAAGAUGGCCAGAUAGGUUUGAGUGUUCAUUUGAGAUUCGUAGCAAAGAAUUUAAAGUGAGAACUAUCAGGAUAUUUGUGUGUUUUUCUGCAGCAACAUGCAGCAGUUUGGGUGCAAGUGAGGAUAUAGGAAAUAUAUUAAGAGUGCAAAAUCAUUUUUUUCAAAUUUUUUUUUCUUCAAAGACUCUAGUCUUAAACAAACAUACAAGGUACGAGUUGCAAAGCCUUUAAUAACCAUGUUUGCAUUUUUUUUACAAUAUGCAUAAUUUCUUAGCUGUUGUUCAUUAGCAUUUCAGUACUUGCAAACACAUCUGCCUUCUGGAUUUAGUUUUCAUGCAUGAAUUUACAUUAAUAAAAUUAAAGAAUAGCAACAGCUUAUCUAAUCUUUCCUUAUCUUUCCUUCAUGAUCAGCAAGAUGCAUGUGACAGUUUUUUAAUUAAAUUUUUUUUUUUUAUUGUGCUUUAAGUGGAAGUUUACAGCUCAAGAUAGGACAGGUUUUUAAAGGACUAAAAUAGAUUGAAAU